AUGCAAAAUGUCGUAAUAUUUAACUUGUUUGUUAUUAUUUUUUGGGCCCUUAUACACUCGAAGGCAACGUAUCGCAAUAAAAAUUUUAAUAGAAGGCUCAAAGUAGAUUCACACCUUUUACCAUAUUUAUACAUUACACAAUCAAUACACAAUAAUCUUAAUUUAAAAACAUAUACCAAUUUUGAUAUAUUAAAGAGUAAUAUAAAGAAUGUGAAAUUGUUUGGAGUAAGAAAAUCAUCUACCGUACUGACUGCCCUUAAUCCUGAGAAUGCUGAAUUACACCCAGAAACUCUAAGUAGAGUGGAGUCCAAGUUAACCCCUGAGGAACUUGAAAAUCUCAAAAAGAAAGGGUUAAUUGAAGGCGAUCCAAACACUUGGAGGAAUUGGCACAUUAUAUCAAAGGGCGAGUGGGAUGAUAUUGGACCGAAGGUACUCCCGGGAAUGGAGAAAAAUCUCAAAAUCACAGAACCUUAUGCAAUAAGGAAACCUCUUAAAUAUUGGGGAUUUAUGAGAGGAAUAGAUUGUAACAUAUUGUCGUAUCCGAUAGUGUAUGAGUACUAUAAACAUAUAGUUGAAAAAGUUCGUGUAUUUAAACAUGGAGGAAAUAACCCAUUGUUUAAUCCACUCUUGUUCCAGCCUAAUUACAUGAUGGAUAAGGACAGAUUUGGUAUAUUCUACGACGAUCCACGGCUUUUCGAAGGAUGGGUCAAUGCGAACGAAGACACACCAACCAAAGUUAAAGAAGCCUCUGAUCUUAUUAGGAUUCCAGAUACAGGAAGACUAUACCAGAAGUUUUACAUGGGACCAUAUCCUGUUACUAUGGGAUGGACAAUAGGCUCACUUUUGAAGGUUAUGACCCAGUCAAGAUGCCCAGGCCACGCAGUUGUUGCUGUUAAAAUACACAAUAUGAACAAGGAUACAACUGUAGAUGGAGUUGCAGAUGAUUUACUAAACAUUGCAUUAAAUUUUAAGAUGGUUGCUUUACAAACUCUGGAGCCUGGAAAAGAAGCAAGAGUAAGAACUAAGAUUAAGGGCCCAGCAAUGGUAUGCGCAGGAGCCUUAGAAUGGCCUCCGUUUGUUAAAAUUUGUAAUCCUGAGAGUUAUAUAACAAAACUCGAAGAAGGUGCUGAACUUGACCUUGAAAUUAAGAUAGAAUGGGGAAGAGGUUUCUGGAUGGCGGAUUCUAAAGGACUAUAUAGAGUUGAGGAGGGAGCAAAUUCACUGUGCCAGAAACGAAGAGAUAUAAAAGAGGUGAAAGAGGAAGGGUUUUACCCUACGAGUUGCGUCUUUGGAGGUUGCAGAAUGAUACGGUUAGCAGUCCACAAACUCAUGGGACAAAGAUGGUGUUCAUUAACAUACACUUGUCCCGAUCCUAUGGACCAGUUAGUGGUUGAAAUUUGGACGGACGUCUCAACCACACCCAAACAUGUAUUAGAAUUCGGAUUAUGCGAAGUUAUCGCAUGGCUCACUGAGUUGAAACGCCAGGUUUCACACGACGUUGACUUCGAAAAUGAAGAUGAGCAACUUAAAGAUAUAUGGGAAAAGAUAGAUAAAUACGGCUCUAUAAAGCAUAGACAAGAACUGAUGGGUGGUCCUCCAGUGAUCCCCCUUCAUGAGACUGAUGCUAUACCUAACUUGAGACAAGAACACUGCCAAUAUUUGGACCCAGGUGAUCACACCAAAGUACCACAAGCUCCAUUUUCAUUACCCAGCUCAAGACCAGAUAAACCUGAAUUGGAUAGUUUACAGUGGUUGGCGGAAGAGCUUCAGCAGGAAGAAUACAUCGAAAAAUCUGAAAUAAACGCAAAGAACUUUGAGAGGUUUAUCCCCAAACCAGUUGAAGAUACCUUCGAAAACAAAGAUAUCGAUCUCUUGCCAGUUAACUCUGAUAUUAUUUCUUCACUCAGAAUGUCUGGAUUUAAUAUCAUGUCGGAUAUAAUGGACUACUCAGUGGACGAAUUGUCACACUUCCCGAACUUGUCAGUUGAAACCGCCAAAGUCAUCAAAGACUUUCUUAAUCACCAUAAAUCAUCAAUUUCAUAA